GAACAAGCACCUCGAGGCCAUCCUGGGCGGCUCGGCCGCCAAGCGCGACAUGGAGGCCGCCCGGGAGGAGCAGCGGGAGGCGGCGGCGAACGGGCUCUGGCGGCAGGAGCUCCCUCCCGGCGGCGAGCUGCGUCUGGCGGUGGGCCCGCACCGGCUCCCGCUCGGGCCCUCCCGGCUGCUCGGCGGCGAGAGCGAGAUGUUCCCGGCGCUGGGGCAGGCGUGCCACCGGCACCGCGGCGAGCUGGAGCAUUACAUGAACUACACCUCGGGCGGGGAGUGCCCCUCCAACGAGGCGUUCGCGCAGCGGCUGAUGCUCAAGGGGUGCGAGCCGCUGCCCCGGCGCCGGUGCCGGCCGCGCACCCCCGCCGGGUACGUCGAGCCGGCGCCGCUGCCGGCGAGCCUGUGGGCGAUCCCGCCGGACACCAGCAUCGUGUGGGACGCGUACACGUGCAAGAACUACUCGUGCCUUGUGAACCGCGGCAGGGCCAGGGGCACCUACGACUGCAAGGACUGCUUCGACCUCGGCGGCCGGGAGAAGGACCGGUGGAUGCGCCGCGGCGGCGGCAUGGACGGCGACGACCGCGGGUCCCUGGACUACACCAUCGACGGCGUGCUGGCCGCGGUGCCGAGGGGCACGGUGCGGAUCGGGCUGGACAUCGGCGGCGGGUCGGGCACGUUCGCGGCGCGGAUGCGGGAGCGCGGCGUGACGGUGGUGACGACGACGACGAACUUCGACGGGCCGUUCAACAGCUUCGUGGCGGCGCGGGGGCUGGUGGCACUGCACCUCAACGUGGCGGCGCGGCUGCCGUUCGCGGACGGGACGCUGGACCUGGUGCACUCGAUGCACGUGCUCAGCAGCUGGAUCCCCGACGCGGUGCUGGAGCUGGCGCUGUUCGACGUGUACCGGGUGCUCCGGCCCGGCGGCGUGUUCUGGCUGGACCACUUCUUCUGCCUGGGGGCGCAGCUGGACGCCACCUACCUGCCCAUGUUCGAGCGCAUCGGCUUCGAGAAGCUCCGGUGGAACGCCGGCAGGAAGCUCGACCGGGGCAUCGAGAUGGACGAGUGGUACAUCUCCGCGCUGCUGCGAAAGCCCAGGAGGUGAUGGAUCGGAGGACAUGACGGGAUCGGAGCUCGGAUCACCCUAGCUAGCUCACGAAUGGCCAUGGAUGUCACAACUAAACAACUUAUUACUUUUCGUAACAGCAGAAUGCC